CGGAAGUAUAUAGAUCGAUUCUCUCACAGCCUACGGCUAUAUAUAAGUAUAAAACGCAUGCGUUUGUUCAAUUUUAUUGCAAAUAUUCCAAGUGUAACAUCAUAACCUGAUCCUCAACCAUAAGUUAGACGACUGUAUUGUGCCCUUGCCGAAAAACGUAGGACCUAAAUAAAUUUUAAAUUAAGAAUCUGCAAACAAUUUAAAAAUGUCAACUUUCGGUGGUUUAAUUGAAGAAAUACCAGGAAUUUCAGUGGAUCGUUUUGACGGGGAAAAUUUAAAAUCAUCUAUUUUUUUUUUAAGUCAUUGUCAUACUGAUCAUAUGAAAGGAUUAUUAUAUACUGAGGGUCAAUAUUUUAUUGAUAAAUUACUAAAACAUAAACAAUAUUUAUAUUGUACUCCAGUUAGUAAAAAAAUACUUGAAUACAAACUUUCCAAAUUUGGUUCUGACGCCGAAUUUAUUAAAACAAUUGAUUGUUGUUCACCGGUAAUCGUGGAUUAUACAGUAGACAAUAAUAAAUUUUAUUUAACAGUAACAUGUAUACCUGCUGGACAUUGUCCUGGUUCAGUUAUGUUCCUAUUUGAAAAUGAAAAAACCUCUGUUCUUUACACCGGUGAUUUUCGUAUUGGUUCAAGUGAUUUAUCUAAAUUAAAACCGUUACACAACGACGUUAAUAAUAUAAUGAUACCAAAAAAGUUUGAUAGUAUUUAUAUUGAUACGACAUUUUUUAAUCCUAUUAAUAAAUUUUUCCCAAGUCGACGCGAUAGUGUCAAAGAAAUUUGUCGAGUUGCUAAUGAUUGGAUCCGUCAAGAUGUUAAUAAUAUUGUUGUAUUAGAAUGUUCUGCUCAUUACGGACCUGAGUAUUUAUUUAUCGAAUUAUCCAAUGCAUUAAAUCUCCGAAUACAUGUUAAAAACAAAGUCUAUGAAAGCUAUACAUUUGUUCCGGAGUUAUCAAAAUGUGUGACCAAUGAUCCUCAGUCAACACCUAUCCAUGCUUGCAUGAAUAAACUCAAUCGUUAUAGUAAUGUUGUGUUAGAGUGUCGUCGUAAUGUAGAAUUUAAAUCAGUUAUUACUAUUGUACCAUCAGUUUUUCGUUGGAAAGAUAAGGAUGUAACAAAAGGUAUCACUGAAUGGGACGGUUGUAACAACAAAUUUAAUGUUUGUUAUUCAUGUCAUUCGUCUUAUGACGAGCUUGUUGAUUUUAUUAAUUAUUUUAAGCCGAAUAAAUUAUAUCCGUGUGUUGUUCCAAAAGAAAUAGAAUUUGAGGAUUUUAGUAGUACAUUGAAUAAACUUUUGGAAAAUUCUAAAGAAGCUAAUGAUUAUUUUACCGGUUAUGAUAUGGAUCUUUCAAAGCCUGAGUCGCUUAACGAUGCCAGAGUUGAGGCUUGUAAUUUAAGUGAUGUUGACGAUGAUUAAUAUAUAAUUAUUAAUCUAUAGGCUUAUUGACUUGAGGCUUUUAAGGGAUUUAAAAUUUUGAACAAUACUUUAUAAUUAUAAAGAAAUCGAUCAAACUAAAUUAGUGUUUUUUCAUAAAUCU